AAAAAAACGAAAAGAUAAAAAGAAAAGAAAAAGAGAACGUUUUCGAUUUGCAAACCUACUCCUCACCACCGCCGUUGGAUAGAAAGCUCGACAGGGGAGGGAAGAGAAGAGAAGAGAAGAGUAGGGAAGAGAGAGAAAGAGUAUUGGGGGGUGUUGGGGUUUUUGGGUUUCAUAAACCAGUCAAGAACUGAUGGGGAAGAGCGAGAAAACGGGGCUAGGAAGGUCCCUAGUGAAGCACCACAAUCAGAUGAUCCAACAAUCCAAAGAGAAGGGUCAAUUCUAUAAGAAUAAUCAAAAGAAGGUGCUCGAAUCAAUCACCGAAGUCAGCAAUAUCGACGCUGUCAUCCAACAGGCCGAAGAGACAGAAAACCUCUUCUCCCUCGAGAACCCAAUUCCCAAUCUUCUCAUCGAUCCGGACUCGAGUUCCAGCAUCAGCAACAUGACACCUGAGGAGAGGAGAGAACAACAGAAGAAAGAGGAGGCGUUGCAUGCUAGCAGUCUACGUGUUCCACGCAGGCCACCAUGGAAUACUAAAAUGUCUGUGGAGGAACUCGAUUUCAAUGAAAGACAAGCUUUUUUGGUCUGGCGUCGCAGCCUUGCAAGACUUGAGGAGAAUGAGAAGCUUGUUCUUACUCCAUUCGAGAAGAACCUAGAUAUCUGGAGACAACUUUGGCGUGUGGUUGAACGCAGUGAUCUGCUUGUGAUGGUGGUUGAUGCACGAGACCCGCUUUUCUACCGUUGCCCUGAUCUUGAGGCAUAUGCACGAGAAAUUGAUGCGCACAAGAGGACGUUGCUUCUUAUUAACAAGGCAGAUCUUUUACCAUUUUCUGUCAGAGACAAAUGGGCAAAAUACUUCCGCCUUCAUGGGAUUCUUUUUGUUUUCUGGUCAGCUAAGGCUGCUUCUGCAGCUCUUGAAGGAAAAAAACUUGGUGUUCCGUUAGAGAUGCAAACUAACUGGCAAGAAUCAGAUGGCGCUGAUACAAAAAUAUAUGGGAGGGAGGAACUUUUAGCCCGUUUACAGUUUGAAGCAGAGGAGAUAACCAUGAUGAGGGGGAAAUCAGGUUCUGGUGUUUCUCCUCCUCCUCAUGCUCAUUCUCUUGGUGAAAAUGUUGCAGGAAAUACAGCAUCUAAAAGUGUAGUAGUGGGAUUUGUGGGGUACCCUAAUGUGGGGAAAAGCUCAACUAUCAAUGCUUUGGUAGGUGAGAAACGGACAGGUGUCACCUCGACCCCAGGGAAGACAAAGCAUUUCCAAACAUUGAUAAUGUCUGAUGAACUAACACUAUGUGAUUGCCCUGGAUUAGUAUUUCCAUCCUUUACUAGCUCAAGAUAUGAGAUGAUUGCUUCUGGAGUUUUGCCAAUUGAUCGAAUGAGUGAGCACAGGGAGGCUGUACAGGUUGUGGCAAAUAGUGUACCUAGACUCAUAAUUGAGAAUGUCUACAAAAUUAGUUUGCCAAAACCCAAGCCUUAUGAGCCACAGUCUCGUCCCCCUCUAGCGUCAGAAUUUUUGAGAGCUUAUUGUGCCUCUCGUGGGUAUGUUGCCUCAAGUGGGCUGCCAGAUGAGACUAGAGCUGCCCGACAAAUUUUGAAGGAUUACAUUGAUGGGAAACUUCAACAUUUUGAAAUGCCACCCGGAUUGUCAAAUGAAGAACCUGGCAUGGAGGAUGCCACCACAUCCAGCUUGUCCGAGAUGCAUGAAUCAGAUUCAUCUGAUGCUGAAAGCGCUCCAAAUAGUGAAGGUGAUAGUACACCCAUUUCAGAGCAUGUACUGAAUGAUCUCAAUUCGUUUGACAUGGAUAAUGGACUAGCUUCCAAGGAGGUUAUGGUUAAGAAAAAGCCUGCGAAAGCAUCCUAUAAACAACACAAGAAGCCUCAGAGGAAAAAAGACCGCUCAUGGAGGGUUCGGGAUGACGAUGGUGAUGGGAUGGCGGUUGUUAGAGUCUUCCAGAAUCGGGAGAAGACAGGUCAUGUGAAGGUUGGUUAGUACCAGGUUAAAGCUACGGGUAUAACUACAUCUUUUUUUUUUUUUUUUUGUUUUUGUUAUCAUGCUGGUCCAGCAAAGCCAUGAUGGCUAACAAUAUGGUGGUUCUACUUAAGAUGGCUCUGUAUUAUUAGAACACCUACAUUUGUUUGUAGUGGGUUGUUGACAACUUGUUUUAAGGAAUGGUGUGGAUAAUGAUGGUCAGUAUCA